GUAGAAGUCACACUGAACUUACUGCUGUAAACCAAGCAAAAAGGCUAUCUCUUUGGGACAAUUUAGAAAAUUCUGAAGCCUGCAGGAGCAUAGGGCUUCCGUGAGAAUCGGGAAUUCCAGGAGGAGAAUUGACUUUCAGAACUGCCUAAGUGAACAAUCCUUUUGGUUCAGCAUCUUGGAAUUAAGCUGAGGAAAACAGCGUCACGGCUGAAGGAAGUCCUUUCUCAAAAUCUCCCUUUUGGACAGCGCGGUCAUGAAGGAUGGCGUGGCUGGUUAUCCUGAACAGGCUUCAAGCAUUUACAAUUUAACUCGGAGGAUCAUGUGUUUGGCAUGAUGAGGACCACAGAGAACUUAGAUAAGACUAGUGCCACACUCAACCCUAACAGGACCCCUCCGGGAAGAUACAUUUAUUUGGAAGCCUUCCUGCAAGGAGGAGCCCCCUGGGGUUUUACUUUGAAAGGUGGUCUGGAGCACGGAGAACCGUUAAUCAUCUCCAAGCAGAUUGAAGAAGGGGGCAAAGCGGACUCGGUGAGCUCCAAACUGCGGGCAGGGGACGAGGUGGUGCACAUCAACGAGGUGGCGCUGAGCAGCUCCCGGCGCGAGGCCGUUUCCCUGGUGAAAGGCUCCUACAAGACGCUGCGGCUGGUGGUGCGCAGAGAUGCGUGUGCAGCCCCUGACUCUGCAGAUCCUGGCGUCCCCAACUCUGGGCCCGAGCACAGGAAGGCGGCAUGGGCAGGAGGGGUUAAGCUUCGGCUGAAGCACAGGCGCAGCGACCCCACGGGCAGGCCUCACUCGUGGCAUUCAGCUAAACUUGGGGAGAACCAGCCCGAAGCCAUGAUGCAAAUAUCCCAGGGCACGAUUGGCACUCCUUGGCCUCAAGGCUAUCAUUCCAGCUCCUCCGCCAGUGACCUCUCCAGCUACGACCAUGCGUAUCUGAGGCACAGCCCGGACCCGUGCAGCUCGCAGGGGAGCAUGGAGAGCCUGGAGCCCAGCGGGGGCUACCCCGCCUGCCACCUGCUGUCCCCGGCCAAGUCCACCAGCAGCAUUGAUCAGCUGGGCCACCUCCACAGCAAGAGGGACUCGGCCUACAGCUCCUUCUCCACCAGCUCCAGCAUCCUCGAGUACCCGCCCCCCGGCACGGCGGCGGCCCGGGAGCGCUCAGGCUCCAUGGACACCGUUUCCGCUCGGGGCGGCCUCCUAGAAGGGAUGAGGCACGCCGACGUCCGCUAUGUCAAGACGGUGUACGACCCCCGGAGGGGCGUCUCUGCGGAGUACGAGGUGAACUCUUCGGCCCUGCACGCCCAAGGCAGGGAGGCCCGGGCCACGGCAGACGGCCAGCCUUACGACAAGUGGGCCGGCGGCGCGCCUCGGAGCAAAGGCGUGCCGCCCCCCUCCUGGAGCCAGCAGCAGGGGCCCGGGGCCUCGGAAGCGGCCGGCGAUCAUCUGCCCCCGAAAGUGGGGGCCCCCCUCCCCCCAGCUCGGAGCGACAGCUUCGCGGCCUUUCGGCACCGGGAGCGGCCCAACUCUUGGUCUAGCCUGGAGCACAAACGCUUCUGCCGGCCGCCGGCCCCCUCUUCGGGCCUGAAAGCCGCCUUCCUGGAGGAGCAGCUGCACACGGUGGUGGAGAAGAGCCCGGAGAGCAGCCCCCCCGCGAAGCCCCGGCACGGCUACGCGCACAGGGCCCAGCCCGGCCAGCCGCUGCUGCCCACGGGCAUCUACCCGGUGCCGUCCCCGGAGCCGCACUUCGCCCACGUGCCCCCGCCGUCGGGCAGCGCCAAUGGCACGCUCUACCCGGCGCUGGCCAAGGAGAGCGGCUACGCGGCCCCUCCGAGGGACAAGCUGGCGGCGCUGGACGAGCACGGGGCCCCCAACGGAGCCGGCCGGCCCGGCUUCGCCUUUUACCAGCCCCUGGAGCCGAACUCCCUCCCCGCGCCCGAGGAGAGGAAGCCUGAGGCGGCCGCCAAAUACGUGCCCUACAAAGUGCACUUCCCGUCGGUGCCCGAGAACGAGGAGGACGCCUCCCCCGAGAGGCCGGCCGCGCCCCGCGGGGAGAGGAGGGCGCCGGGCCACAGCCCCUACUCGGGCCACCACGCCCUCCGGUCCCCGCCCGCCGGCGCCUGGCAGCUGGCAGACGACCAGCGGCCGCCCUGGGAAGGGCCCGGCCCCGAGGACCCCGACGCCCACCCCCCGCGGAGGCCGGCGCGGGAAGGCCCAGCCCAGAGCCCGCCCGGCCACUUGGGCGGCGGGGCCAGCAGCAGCAGCAGCAGCAGCAGGCCGGCCUUCUCCUCGCUGCAGAACAUCCCCGACAGCCUGAGGAGGCUGAGCUGCCCGGAGGCGGGAGACGGAGCCCGGGAGGCCGGCAGGAAGGCGGGCGCGGAGCUCCGGAGCCAUCCGGACGGGCCGGUUUCCUACCCACGGCCCGAGGGGAGAGCCGGGCCCUUGGCCGCCUUCCCGAGCGCCGAGCCGGGCUGCGAGGAGCCGUCGGGGCCCGGCCGGAGGCAGCCACAGCGCGCUGUGCUGGAGAAGGUGUCCCGGAUCGAGCAGCGCGAGCAGGGCCAGAGAGGCCCGGCCGUCGGGCCGCAGUACCGGCCCCAGCGGGCCCUCGGCGCCGCCGGCGCCGCCGGGAGCGACCUCGACGACGCGGCCGAGCCCGGGGCCGAGGACGCCGCCGCCACCCGGCAGCCGGCGCGGAGGGAGCCGCCGCCCAGGCCCGCGGGCCGCCUGCUGCGCAGCGUGAGCACCUUCCAGCUGUGCGGCGACGACGAGCCGCCCGCGCCCGACGCGCCCUUCAGCCGCGACUACCGCAACAGCAUCAAGGACGCGCAGUGCCGCGUGCUGGGCGCCACGUCCUUCCGCCGCCGCGACCUGGAACCCGGCGCGCCCGCCCCGCGCGUGUGGCGCCCGCGGCCCCUGUCGGCUCACGUGGGGCUGCGCAGCCCCGACGCGCCGCCCCCGCCGGCCGCCGUCGCGUCGCCGUCCCCGCACACGCCGCGGGAGCGCCACAGCGUGACCCCGGCCGACGGCGACGACCCCGGGCGGCCCGUCCCCGCGCGCCGCGGGCCCCGGCGGCGCCUGACGGCCGAGCAGAAGAAGCGGUCGUACUCGGAGCCCGAGAGGAUGAACGAGGUGGGCAUCGCCGACGACGCCGAGCGGCCGCCGCGCGGCCCCGACGGCUCCGUGGCCGACCGGCGCCGCGUGUUCGAGCGCGACGGCGCGGCCUGGCCCGCGCGGAGCCUGACGGGGCCCGAGCUGAAGCAGCUCCAGCAGAGCGCGCUGGCCGACUACAUCCAGCGCAAGACCGGCCGGCGGCCCGCCGCCCCCGACGGCCCCGGCCUGGCCCCCGCCGCCAGCCUCUGCUCGCUGCUGCGGGAGCCCCGGCGCGAGCCGCCCGCCCCCCGCGACCGCAGCAGCUCCUUCGCGGGCGGCCGCUUCAUCCGGGACUGGCGGCGGGAGCUGCCCGGCGGGCCGCAGGGCGCGCCCAGGCCGGACAGGAGCGCCGCCGAGCCCGGGGCCCCGUGGGCGCGCCGCGCCGCCAAGUCCAUGUCGGCCGAGGACCUGCUGGAGCGCUCCGACACCCUGGCCGUGCCCGUGCACGUGCGCUCGCGCUCCUCGCCCAUCGCCGAGAAGAAGCGCCAGGACACGCUGCUGGGGGAAAGCAACGGCUUUGGGUUUGUGAAGGAUCCGUGUCGCCUGGCUGAGUACAGAUCCAGGUCCCUCGGGGGAGCAGACAGAGGCCAGGAAGAGAUGCCGGUGUUCAGGCGUCGGGGCGGCUCCGGGGACGGGCUCCUGGACCAGCCUCGGCACGCCAGGCCGCUGCCCACGGGAAUGCCAGGGCAUGGCGCUGACCCCCGGGCCGUACCCUGCUCUCCAUCCGCCGAGGAGCCGCCUCCCCCCUACACCCCUGCAAGCAGCCACCGGAGCAACGGCCACGGCCUGGCCCAGCCGCCGUGCCCAGAGCAGGGGGUGCCGGCGGCCCGCAGGAGGGUGUCCCUGCCCCAGCGGCCCCCGCCCUCCCGAGUGAAGUGGGCCCCCGCCGUCAGCCUGCCCGAGGAGCCCGACACGCCCGGCGGGCCGGCCCGCGCCCCCGGCAGGGUCUCCCUGCGCAUUUCCGAGUCGGGCCUGCAGGCCUCACCGCCGCCUCGGGAGGACUACGAGGACGAGGUGUUUGCGGGGGACUCGCACCCCAAUGCCACUUCCAGCCCCACCUUCGAGACGCUGCCCCCACCGCCGCCGCCGCCACCCCCGCUUCCUCCCCUGAGCCAGGAAGCCCUGGACGGCAGCGUGGAGGUGGAGGACUUUCCCCCGCCGCCUCCGCAGGCCCUGUUGGAGGCGCCGCCCGACUGCGAGGACUACCUGGAGCCGCGGAGCAGCUCCAGCACGUUUGCCAAGGUGACAGUUGCCAAGGAAAGGCCCGUGCCUGGCACAGCCCACGUGGCCGGCGCUCAGACACUGCCUUCUAGAUCUCAGGCUUCGGCAGAGGGCUCGGAAGCCCCCGAGGCCUCCAGCCUGGAUUUUGUGCCCCCACGGGACAGCCCUGCCGGCCCGCAGCCAAGCCCAGGAUCGGGGCCCGCUGUCCAGAGCCGAAACCUCGGCCCCCAGCCCGCCGCUGGGAUUGAGAACCUAGAAGAGAACGCCAGCCCGGCGCCGCAGAAGAGCUCUGAAGACAUCCGGACAGAGGUCCUGGCCAAGGAGAUUGUCCACCAAGACAGAUCUCUGGCAGAUAUCCUAGAUCCAGACUCCAGGAUGAAGACCACCAUGGACCUGAUGGAAGGCUUGUUCCCCCGAGACAGUCAGUUGUUGAAAGAAAACGGCGUGAAGAGGAAGACCGUGCAGGGGACCGCGGGCCGCCCGGGAUAUGAAGGCAAGAGGAGUCCUCUCGCGGCCGGCUGUGUGCAAGGCAAGCGUCUCAGCCCUGUCCCUCUCUCUCCGCGCCCCAGGAGCCAAGACAAGGAAGCCGGGGGCGUGCUGCUGGACUGCCCCACGUACUACAGCGUGUCGGCGCAGAAGGCCGAGCUGCUCAGCAUGAUCAGAGACAUGCCCGAGGAGGCGAACGAGGACGACGAACAGGCGGAUGUGAAUGAAAAGAAGGCGGAACUCAUUGGAAGCCUCACCCACAAGCUGGAGUCCCUGCAGGAAGCCAAGAGGAGCCUGCUGACGGACAUCCAGCUCAACAACGCCCUGGGGGAGGAGGUGGAGGCGCUCAUCAGCCAGCGCUGCAAGCCCAACGAGUUCGACAAGUACAAGAUGUUCAUCGGGGACUUGGACAAGGUGGUCAACCUGCUGCUGUCCCUCUCGGGCCGCCUGGCCCGCGUCGAGAACGUCCUCAGCAGCCUUGGCGAUGAUGCCAGCAACGAGGAAAGGAACUCGCUCAACGAGAAGAGGAAGGUCCUGGCGGGGCAGCACGAGGACGCGCGGGAGCUCAAGGAGAACCUGGACCGCAGGGAGCGGCUGGUGUGGGCCAUCCUGGCCAGCUACCUGUCGGAGGAGCAGCUCCUGGACUACCAGCACUUCGUGAAGAUGAAGUCCACGCUCCUCAUCGAGCAGCGGAAGCUGGACGACAAGAUCAAACUGGGCCAGGAGCAGGUCAAGUGCCUGCUGGAGAGCCUCCCCUCGGACUUCACCCCCAGGGCCGGCGGCCCCACGCUGCCCGCCAGCCGCCAGGCCGCGCCCUCAGAGGGGAGCGUCCCUGGCGGCCCCCCAGCGGCGGCCGCCACGCCGCUGUAACCUCCUCCCGCCGCCCCGCCCAGCGCUGAUGGGACAUAGGCCUCACUGCGACCACUGCGGCUGCGACUCACGGGUCACGGGGGGGGGGGUUUCUGGGUAGAAGGAAAAAAAGGUUCCGUCCAGGAGAAAGCCUGUUUCGUUUUGUUUCUGUUUUUAUCUUCUCUUCCCUCACAGCUGAUCCUUUGAGAGCUUGAAUUGCUGCUGGGAACUUUGCCUCUUCUCACGUUACUCGGUCGUAGGAAGGGAAGUGGGGGUGGGCUGGGGGGUGCGAGCGGCUGAUGCUCGGGGCUGAGUGCGUGGAUGCGCGCCUCGGCCUCAGAGUGGGGCCACGGCCGCCUCCCCACGGCCCCAGCACUCCGCCGUGAAGGGGCAACAGCACUAAGGCCUUAAAAACCCCCGCACAGACGAUUAUAUAACUGUGGACAUUGUUAUUUAUAUUUUAAGAAUGAAAAGGCUCCUGACGUUUGUGUGCUGACCCACUUCCUUGAUUCUCUUUUGUGGUGGACAUCGAUGGUUCCGUUUGAACUUUGUAUUUUGUGCAAACCUAAUGAAAUGAAGAAUUCCAAAGACAGUC